GAAGAGGAGGCGCUCUACUAAGUGUAAGGAAACGGCAUUCAUUUGACAAUGUUUCCUCAGAGACAGAUACAUUUAAACUCAGCUAGCCGUUUGUAGUAUGUAUUAAUAACGAAAUAGCAUACACCAGUUGGAACGAAUACAAAAAUGAGUUCUGAAAACGUUAUAUUCGCUGAAGUUUUCUCAUACGAAAGCUUGGUGCACGCAGUGGCUGGAGCUGUGGGGAGCGUGACAGCAAUGACGGUGUUUUUCCCUCUUGACACGGCAAGAUUACGACUACAAGUGGAUGACAAGAGGAAGGCGAAGUCCACACCAGCCAUCCUGGCAGAGAUAGUGAAGGAGGAGGGACUACUUGCUCCCUACCGAGGCUGGAUCCCAGUGAUCUGUAGCCUGUGCUGCUCCAACUUUGUCUACUUCUACUGCUUCCACAGCCUGAAGGCCAGCUGGCUGAGGGGGCAGAAGGCCAGCCCUGGACGGGACCUGCUCAUAGGAGUAGCUGCAGGUGUGGUGAAUGUGCUGGUGACGACUCCUCUGUGGGUGGUCAACACCAGACUGAAACUGCAGGGGGCUCAGUUCCGGAAUGCUGACAUCCGUCCCACUAACUAUGCUGGCAUCAUGGAUGCCUUCUCCCAGAUCGUGCAUGAGGAGGGCGUGGGGGCACUGUGGAACGGGACGUUCCCCUCCCUGCUGCUGGUGCUCAACCCCGCCAUCCAGUUCAUGAUCUACGAGGGCCUGAAGAGGCAGCUGAGGAGGGGGCCCCUCCAAGAGCUGUCCUCUGUCCAGGUCUUCCUCAUCGGAGCUCUAGCCAAGGCAGUGGCCACCACUGUAACAUACCCACUACAGACUGUCCAGUCCAUCCUCAGGUUUGGUCUGAAACAGCCGACAGACCAGCCUCACCUUCUGAGCAGCCUAACCACGGUCAGGUGUCUGCUGCUGAACCGAGUGAGGAAGUUUGGGCUCCAGGGCUUGUUUAAAGGUCUGGAGGCCAAGCUGCUGCAGACCGUCCUCACAGCUGCCCUCAUGUUCUUGCUGUAUGAGAAGAUCACCAGCAGCACCUUCAGGGUGAUGGGGCUGAAGACGCCCAUGUCCAGACGCUGACCUGGGGCAGCCAGCAGGAGGACCUCAGACGCUGACCUGGGGCAGCCAGCAGGAGGACCUCAGACGCUGACCUGGGGCAGCCAGCAGGAGGACCUCAGACGCUGACCUGGGGCAGCCAGCAGGAGGACCUCAGACGCUGACCUGGGGCAGCCAGCAGGAGGACCCCAGACGCUGACCUGGGGCAGCCAGCAGGAGGACCUCAGACGCUGACCUGGGGCAGCCAGCAGGAGGACCUCAGACGCUGACCUGGGGCAGCCAGCAGGAGGACCUCAGACGCUGACCUGGGGCAUGCCUGAGUUGUUAAGCCAGCUGUGUCUACAAUCAUGAUGUUUUUAUGUAUUUAUUAUUUCUGCUGUUGUGUUUCCUCCCCCUUUAAGGUUUUAGUCCUAUGUCAUUGUAAAUACUGUUUCUGUACACUAAAUCAACUCAUCUAUGUUGUGCACUUGAUCAAAACACCUGGAAUGAUUGAUCAUGAGUAAGAGGAAUGUAUCUAAUGUAGAUUCAGGGGAAAAUAAUGGGGAAUAAAUAAUGUUUUUAUUAA